AUGACUGCCUCGAGUCCGUUUUCUGCACUUGUUGUUGGGCCAGCGCGAGAGGAAACCCCUAACUCUCUGUAAUGCCUCGAUACGUUACCCCAGGCCUGGCUCUUGCUGCACGCACAAUAAAUUUACGGUUUUCAA